AUGCGAAUAAUGUCAAAGUCAGUCUAUUUUACAUAAUUAUUUGUCAAGACAAUCUGUAAUUAAACUUUCCAGAUGCAGUCAUUGAUUUGGGAAAAGGUCACGUGGGGGUAUGCGCAGGCAUGUGCGCGCAUGCAUGUGAGUGAUGGAGGAGAGGGGAGGUGCGAGGGACGAAGGGAGAGAGUCACAGUCAGAUGCUGAGGAGGAGAGAGGCACCGCGCACAAAAUACAACAAGUGAGGAAACUGUUGCUCUGUACGCAAGCUCGCUCUACUGCGGAAGUCUCUUCAACUUGUCAGAAUAAAAAGCAGCCGCUCUGUGUGACUUGAUGUCAUUAAAGUGACAUUUUUUUCUGAUCAUUCGCUCCGUGUUUCUGUUUGUUGUCGUUUUUAAUGGUUACAAAAUAAGUUUGCAUCACAGUGCAACUUCAGUCGGAACAAUCGUUGUUUGGAGGUUUUCAUUCCUGCACCAUGAGGACUCAAACUAACGAACGCCCUCGAUCGUAAAGAAAGUCUGUGCUGUGAUGUCCAAAAUGGCUUUAAAACCAACAUUUUCACUUGCACCACUUCGUUACGCAGCAUCUGGCUAUUUAUGAACUGUAAGAGAUUAAUAUUUCAAAUUGGAAACUAGAGGACGACGUACUUUGUGCACUAUAUAGAUUUGAUACAACGGUGACGACCCGUCAAACUAAAAAGAAAGCAAUCUGGGUGGAAUAAACGAGCACAUAUUUGUCAGUUUUCAGUGGACAGCCAAGUGAGCGCCAUUCCCCAAAUGUGGUGGGGGAGAUGAACCCCAGUGGGAAUACUGUAGACCCCACCUGACAGCUUUCUCCCUCAGCACACGAGAGCGUUGUGGCCUGAAAUAAAACAUCAACAAUUAAGGAACUUGUCUGUGCAGAAGUUGAGAGUGCUCUUACAUUGUCUUGUCUAAAAAUAUUGAUAGUCUGAAAAUAUUGAUAGUAAAUGUACUGACACGAGCAAAUAUCCGGCCCUCUGUUACUAGUGCCCCACACAAGCACACACUCUCCCGAUAUUCCUUUCGUGACGUUCCACCCAGAGUUCAGCCUGGCCGGCACAACCAUUCCAGCCAAGGGGCAGGAGGACUUCCUCACGCUGGCCGCCUCCCGCCUCAGCCGCAAGAAGCGCGUGAUUGGGGCUGGAGUCGGCGUGGCCAUGGUCCUGAUCCUGCUGGUGGCCAUCCCCCUAUUGGUCCACACCACCAAAGGGGGCGCGUCCGGGGGAGGGGGCACGCAUUACGAGAUGUUGGGGAGCUGCAAGAUGGUGUGCGACACUUUCACCCCACCUCAAGGAGAGCUGACAGGCUCCUCCCCUCAGCCCCCAGACUUGGCAAACCGUAAGGGCAAACAGGGUUUCAGAGGAAACCCAGGACUUCCCGGUCCCCCAGGUCCUAAAGGUCCCCCCGGAGAGCCCGGGAAGCCCGGACCACAUGGGCCGCCGGGGCCUGGGCCUGGUGGCUAUGGCCCUUCAUUGUACACUCCCAAGAUCGCCUUCUACGCCGGCCUGCGGAAACAACACGAAGGGAGUGAGGUACUGAAGUUUGAUGACGUGGUGACCAACGUGGGGAACUACUACGAGCCCAGUACGGGCAAGUUCACCUGUCCUCUGCCUGGCAUCUAUUACUUCACCUACCACGUCCUGAUGAGAGGAGGGGAUGGGACGAGCAUGUGGGCUGACCUAAAAAAGAACGGGCAGGUGAGGGCGAGUGCCAUCGCCCAAGAUGCAGACCAGAAUUAUGACUACGCCUCCAACAGUGUCAUCCUGCACCUGGACGUUGGCGAUGAAGUGUGCGUGCAGGUGGACGGCGGCAAAGUUCACGGCGGAAACACCAACAAAUACAGCACCUUCUCUGGCUUCCUCAUCUACCCUGACUGACACGCUACUCUUCUUCAUCCAUUUUUGCAUCUAACAGGCCAUGAUUUCAUCAUGCCAUUGGUCAUACCAACUUUGAAAAUAAUUAUUAUCAAUAUAUAAUUGUAUUUUCAUCACAACAUUCACCUCAGACAAACACCUAAUUGGUUGUAAUUCUGUCAGACAGACACACGCACAUACAUUUACUGUACAUACACAUCACACGAAUGAAUUGAAUUGAGAGAAGAUACCCAAUCAUUAUAAGUGUGUGUGUCAGCAGCCUCUGGCAUCCUCAUGUGGAUACAUGUUCAGCAUGGUCACCAUGUGGAAAAAAAAAUUCAUCAUAAAAAUAUUGAUUGUAGCUGAUUCCAUUGCAAAAAAAAAAAGGCUUGUAUGUGUUGUUUGUCUAUGUUCCAAGUCCAAGUACAUUUCGAUCCUAUGUUGAAGUUUUUGUUUGAUCUACACCAUCACACAUCACAUUAAACUGGAAAGAGCCUGUUGUCAUGUGAAUGAAAAGUCAUAAAUAAUUAAAAAUUAAAUAUUUGAGGCUUGGGGGUGGGGGGGUCAGAUGGUUAUCAAAAUAUGCCCCAACUGCAUUGAAAUCAUGGGGGGGGGGGGAAUGUUUUUGUGCAAAAUAUAUGAUACAACAACAUAUCCGGCAUGUAUGUAAAUUGUUUUUGAUUUAACAUUUCUCCACUGUCAGUGUAACAGAAAACAAAAUGGUACCAUAGAUGUUAUUUCAGUUGCCAUGGUUAAGGGAUAGUUUGGAUUGAGAUUGUUGUUUUUUGUAGGUGAAACUUUUUUAUCAGGUCAUUGUAGUGACUAUGUACCCUGAGAUGUGAAUGGCUUGUGCACCUUCUUCUCCACAAUCUUAGCAAAGACUGCGACCUUUUAAAAAGGGUAACAUGACCUGACAUCUCAAGUGAGGUCCAUGUUGUUUGUGUAUUCAAGUUUCAUACAAAAAUCAGUACAAAACAGAAGAUUAAAGAUUAAAAAUAGUGUUUAUUGUAGUUUUCCUACUGUAGUUUUGACCAGAACAACUUAAGUUACUUUGCUUUAUGCUAAGCUAAGUGUGGUGUCGGUCACAGUAACAGCAUCUGUCUUCUCCUCAAAAUCAAACGAAGUGAAAACUUGACUACCUAUUUUACUGGUGGAUGUACGUCUGUAAAGGUGUUUUUCAAAUGCAGGUGACCAAUGUUGACAUGUUCCAAGCAUACACAUAGCUUUCUGUGCCUUACACGCUCUGUUUCCCUUUGAUCUUUCAUGCAUGAGACUGUUUCACUUCUCAAAUCCAAGCUGUGCUGACAAGCUGAUCCAUGUGAUACAAACGGCAAUCUGACAGGGAUUUUCCAGGGUCUAGUCUCUGCCAAUGUUGUUUGACAUUUGGGGGACUACAAGACACUUACCAGGGACUAUGGAUCUUUGAACGUAUAUGGAUGUAAUUUGUGUCUGUAAACAAUAAGAAAAGGGGAUGGAGGUUGUGUCUGUGUGGUAACAGAACAGGAGAAGUGUGGUAACAGAACAGGAGAAGCAUGUCGUAUUGAAAAUUUGCAUUAAAAAAAAAAGAAAUGCCACUGUAUCCAAAUGAUUAUAAUAUAUUAAAACAAAGUAUCAUUGAAACACAUGUAUUCUCGUGCUUUGCCUGUGCCAGAGACUUUUAAGCCUCUCUGAGUGACGCUUAAUAGAUGUAAAUAGAUUUACUAUGGAUGUAAAUCUGUUCUGAUGAAAAUGACCACUGCGAUUGUGACACGAUGGUACACAAACAUUCCUCUUUCUUGCCAUGCUGCAUCCAACUGUGUCUUCUGCCUCUCUCACCUGUGUGUGCAUCCAUUGUUGUCACUGUACUUUGUAAAUUUGGUUGUGUGUGUGGCAUUCUCUCCACUUGAACAACAUGAAAUAAUAAAAAAAAUAAAUAAACUGCUCUUGU